AUGUCGAGUCGUAUACUGUCAGUUUCCGGACAGAUGGCCGACACUUGGACUGAGAACAUGGUAUUUGGACGUCCCGGGGUGGAGUGUUAUUGCCAGCAUGAGAGCGGCGCCGCAGUCAUCCAACUGCAGUUUCUCAUCAAUGAGGGGGCGCUGGUGAGUGCGUUGGCGGAUGACACCGUUCACUUGUGGAACCUGAGGCAGAAGAGACCGGCCGUCCUGCAUUCGCUCAAGUUCAACAGAGAGAGAAUCACCUUCUGCCACCUGCCCUUCCAAAGCAAAUGGCUGUACAUCGGGACCGAACGCGGGAACGUCCACAUCGUCAACGUGGAGUCCUUCAUGCUCUCAGGCUACGUCAUCAUGUGGAACAAAGCCAUCGAGCUGUCAUCCAAGGCUCACCCUGGACCAGUCGUUCAUAUAAGUGACAACCCAAUGGACGAGGGAAAGCUCAUAAUUGGAUACGAGUCGGGGAUUGUGGUCCUGUGGGAUCUGAAAUCAAAGAAGGCGGACUAUCGCUAUACGUAUGAUGAGGCAAUCCACUCUGUCGCCUGGCACCAUGAGGGCAAACAGUUCAUCUGCAGUCAUUCAGACGGGACCCUGACCAUAUGGAACAUGAGGGGCCAAGGAAAGCCCAUACAGACAAUCACGCCGCACGGAAAACAGCCCAAGGACGGGAAAAAGCCAGAGCCUUGUAAACCCAUUCUCAAAGUGGAGUACAAAACCACCAGGAUUGGGGAGCCCUUUAUAAUCUUCUCUGGAGGCCUGUCCUUCGACACAGUGGGACGUCUGCCCUGUUUGACUGUGAUGCACGGGAAGAGCACUGCGGUGUUGGAGAUGGACUACCCCAUCGUGGACUUCCUCACUUUGUGCGAGACCCCAUACUCCAAUGAUUUUCAGGAACCUUAUGCUGUGGUGGUCCUCUUAGAAAAAGAUUUAGUGGUGAUCGACCUUGCACAAAACGGACAUGCUGAUGGAACUGUGAAGUUUUGGGAUGCCUCCGCAAUAAUGCUCCAGGUGCUUUACAAGCUCAAAACAGCCAAGGUGUUUGACAGAAACAGGUCGAAGGAGGACAAGGGCAGCACGGAGGUGUCGGACGAAGACCCCUUUGCCAUCCAGAUCCUGUCCUGGUGUCCCGAGAGCCGCAUGCUGUGUGUGGCCGGAGUGUCCGCCAACCUCCUCAUCUACCGCUUCAGCAAACUGGAGGUCACCACCGAAGUCGUCCAGUUACUGGAAGUCCGAAUGCAGUGUGACCUGAAUGACGGUGACUCUCCAGACGGGGGAGGGGGGGAGCAGACGUCAGGCCACGCUACACCCAGAGCCUCUCCCCUAACCUCUGGACCUCCAUCACAUCCCUCUACCAGCAGCAACAACUCGGACAGCAACAUCCCCUGCCUCAACGUGGUCUUUGGGAACAGUAACGGUCUGGCGGUGGUGGACUACAUCCAGAAGACUGUGGUGUUAAACCUGGGCACAGUGGAGCUUUAUGGCUGUAACGACCCCUACCAGAGACAGCCUCGCUCUCCUCGGAAGUCAAGGCAGCCCUCCGGAGACCGGGACAACUCGUUCAGCCGCUCGCGCUCCUCCAGCGUCACCAGCAUUGACAAAGAAUCGAAAGAGGCCAUCUCCUCCUUCCACAUCUGUGAGACCUACGCUCGCAAAGGAGACAGCAUCCUCACCCCGUGUCUGUUUGUGGGAACCUCUCUGGGCACCGUGCUGUGUUUAGCAGUCACUAUGCCACCUGCUGGAGAGCAACGGCAACUGCAGCCAGUGGUCAUUUCACCUGCAGUUGGAGAGGUGGCAGCUGGCAAAGCGUCCCGUAGCCUGGCUCAGCACAUCCCGGGUCCAGGAGGCAUCGAGGGCAUGAAGGGUGCUGCCUCUGGGGUGGUGGGAGACCUGGCCCGGGCGCGGAUCGCUCUGGACGAGAGAGGACAGAAACUGGGAGAGCUGGAGGACAGGACAGCUGCUAUGAUGUCCAGCGCUGAUUUCUUUUCAAAACAUGCCCAUGAGAUGAUGCUCAAGUGCAAAGACAAGAAGUGGUACCAGUUCUGA